AAUUUUUCUAUUGAACGAACAAAUAAAAAAAAGUGAAUGAAAACUAUGGAGAGCGAAAAUUAUACAGUAACUGCUUCUUCUUCGGCAAAUAAUAUCAUUAACAAAUUACAAGAAAAUCCUGGGAAAAAUGUUAUACAAUCAGAAUUCGAAGCGAUGUUAUUUGGAGAGAGCAGCGACGAGGACACCGAAACGAUAAACAAGAUGAUGCAGGAAUCUUCUUCGGGAAAUUUACCGACUGAGCAUAAUGGCACGAGCAAUGCAAAACGCAUAGAAAAUUUAGAAAAUAGAGAUGAGAUCAUUUUAACGUUGAUGUGGUUGAACAAUCGUUUGGGUGCAGCGUAUUAUAACAUCGUAACGUCAGAAUUAUUUGUAAUGGAGGAUAUUCACGAUGACGUCAUUAAUUUCAAUAUUACGAAGAUGCUUAUUAGGCAAUGUCAACCGCAUUACAUUGUCACGAUAUUUGGAAUAUUCGACGAUUUUCUUAAUUGUAUAAAAAAGCUCGUAAUGGCGGAUGCAAUGGAGGAUAAUCAAAGCUCUAGUUCGAGCGAUCGAUCGGUUCAAACGAUAUUGAAAACUUUACCGAAAAAAGAAAAUAACUAUGAAACUUGUUAUCACCGAGUUCGAUGCUUAAAACUCGAUUCCGAACCGAAAGAUGCUGAAAAUUCUGAAAGAGUUACGUUUCUAAAUGCUUUGCUCGAUUUUAAGGCUCAUGCGAUGAUCCAUGCUUUAGGAUUACUCUUAAGAUUUAUCGAUAAACAUUGGAGUACUAUUGCUCUUGAUCCUUCCGGCAAAGCAUCUUUUAUAUCCUUGAAUUAUAUUACUUUAGAAAACCUUGUAAUGAUCGACGACGAUUCUUAUAAAGCGUUAAAUAUCGUCCAAACAAAAUAUCAUCCAAGUUUCUUCAAAUUCGGUAAUGCAUCUACAAAAAUGCAAAGUGGUAGCUUAUUCGCAUUGUUAAAUUGUUGUCAAUCGAGACCAGGGGUACAGUUUUUAUGGAAGACAAUUCGACGUCCAACAAGAGACAUCGACGUACUCAAUCAAAGAUUUGACGUGAUAGAUUUCUUCUUGGAUCCAACCAAUCAAAGUGUCGUUGAAAAUUUAACAACAUGUUUGAAAGAUAUUUAUCGUUUAACGAGUGCAAUACUUAGCCGUUAUUUAGGUCCACGAGCGAGAGCUUCCGAUUGGCAAAGAUUGCAUAAAACAGUUACUAACAUAAUUUACAUCGCCUAUAUCUGUGAGAAUUAUGACGACAAGAUACAAUUAUUCAGAAAGAUAGUAAAUAUUAUUACGGAUGAGAUGCAUUACGUGAAGUAUUUCAUUGAACUUAUAGUUGAUUUUGAAGCGAGCAAACGUGAGAAUACAUUUAUUGUUAGAUCCGACGUUGAUCCUCAAUUAGACGAACUACGUAAUCUAAAACAUGCGUUACCUCAACUCUUAACAAAGAUGGGCGAAAAAGAUAUGCAAGAUAAUCUUCCCAUAUCCGUUACAAGUUGCAAUAUGGUUUAUCUACCAAAUAUCGGCUACGUAUUGGCUAUCAAACAAUGGAAUCGUACUCCACCAGAAGCAGAUGAUAUUCCUGGCUUAGAAUUCAAAUUUGCAAUAAACGGUGUACAUUAUUAUAAGAGUCCUUGCGCUAGAGAAUUAGACAGCAGCAUAGGAGAUAUCAUGUCGAAAAUAACGAAACGACAAAGCGAAAUUAUGUUGAAAUUGGUACGAUAUAUAAACAAACACGCAAAUUCUAUACUAAGUGCUAUACAGUUGUGUGCAGAAUUAGACACAUUGCUGUCCUUCUCACAAGUGGCACGGAAUCAUAAUUACGUGAGACCAAAUGUGGUCAAGUCGCAAGUUAUAGCCGUGAAACAAGGACGACAUCCUUUGCAAGAAUUUCAUACCACAUAUGUACCGAACGACAUUUAUUCUGGACAAGGGAAAAGCCUCGUCAAAAUUAUAACCGGUCCGAACGCUUGCGGAAAAAGUAUAUAUCUUAAGCAGGUGGCACUUAUAGUGUUCAUGGCUCAUAUCGGUUGUUUCGUACCUGCUGAAUCUGCGACAAUCGGUGUUAUGACUCAUAUAUUAACGCAGAUCGUUACUAUAGAUAGUAUUUCAUUGGAUGCUAGUGCUUUUUUGCAAACUCUUCGACAGAUAAAUAUGGCACUGUAUGCAUCAACUCCAAACUCUCUUGUAAUAAUGGAUGAGUUUGGCAAAGGCACAUCCGAGACAAAUGGUCUGUCGUUACUGGCUGCUGUUCUAGAUAGCUUCGUCGAAAGAGCCGUUUAUUGUCCUCACGUAUUCGCUGCAACUCACAUUCAUCGCGUAACAAAGCUGUUGCCUGAAAAUCCGAUGAUAGAAGCCCAAACAUUUGAAUUCAUAACGAACAACGACGAGUCUCUAGCGUUUCUUUAUCGCUUAGUAGUUGGAAGUACCACUUGCAGUUUUGCACAUUCUGUAGCCAAAAGUGCUGGUCUUAGCGAACAGCUUAUAAAGCGCAGCUUAGAGGUUUUUAAGAACGUAAAACAGGGAACUCUUCCUUCGCGUAUACCCGAGGUUCAACGAAAAGAUACGGUAAAGCAUAUCAUCGAAAGAGUAGUCGUUCCAGACGUUGACUUCGAUUUAGAAGAGCUCAAGUCGUGGGUGCGGCAAGCGAUAUUACCAUCGUCGACAAAAUUUUAACAAAUAACAUAUAAACAUUUCGUAUUUAUAAACAUACACGAAACUAUAUUUAAUCGAAA